AAAAUUAAACAGUUUGCCUUGACAAUACAAAAAAAAAAUCAAUUCCGAUUAUUUAAAAAUUUGUUCAAUUUUUUGCUUCUAGCAAGUUCAGUCAAAAGUCACUGAGAAGCUUUACAAAAACAUAAGCAAGGAAAAAAUCCAGCUUUUAAGUUUCUUGGCUCAAAUACAGUACAAACUAAACACCAUGAUAGCAUCUCUUCAUCGUUCAUCACGCUUUUUGCUCCAAAUCUAAACACAAACACUAUACAUUGUUGUACACCGGUACACCGGGUCGGGUACAGCCAACCCAACGCCCUACAGUCAACAAAGAACUGGGUCCUCUCUCUUGAUGUUCCUCUUGAUUGCCUUUUUUCAUAGUACGAUGGGGAGACAGGUUGUCUGACUGACUAAGUUUUGAGACAACAUGCAUUGCAUGUACAAACAGAUUCACCCAUCAACGGGCAUUGAGCAUUGUAUAUUUGCUCACUUCUUCAGCUGGGAGGAGAAAAAUCUUAUUAUUGCUGGUGUGAAUCAGCUGCAUGUGUAUAGAUUAAACUCAGAAUCAGAGCUGGUGACCCCAGAUGGUAUACUGAAAGAGCCGACAGAGCUAAGUGAUGAUGAGAAGACACGGCUUGAAUGCUUGGCUUCGUACAGUCUACAUGGGAACAUUCAGUCCCUAGAGGCUGUCAAACUAAGUGGAGCACACAGAGAUGUUAUACUGUUGAGUUUUUCAGAUGCCAAGCUUUCAGUGGUGGAGUAUGACCCCAGUACUCAUGACCUGAAAACCUGCUCUCUCCAUCAGUUUGAGGAACAUGAACUAAGGGGAGGCUACACAACCACCACCCACCUGCCUGUGAUCCGAGUGGACCCUGAUGGCCGCUGUGCUGGGAUGCUCAUCUACGGCACUCACCUGGUGGUGCUGCCCUUCCGUAAAGAGGUCGCCAUGGAUGAGCUGGACGCUCCCUCGGGGGCCAUGGGAAAAUCCCCUAUUAUGUCGUCAUAUAUCAUUGACCUGAGAAAAAUGGAUGAGAAGAUCAUCAAUAUCUUGGACAUUCAGUUCUUGCACGGCUACUUUGAGCCAACUGUUUUCAUCUUAUAUGAGCCCUUGGCAACGUGGUCCGGCCGCACAGCUGUGAGAACAGACACAUGUAGUAUCGUGGCCAUCUCACUCAACAUCCAGCAGAAGGUUCAUCCCAUCAUCUGGUCCCAGGCCAACUUGCCCUUCGACUCUUUCAGCGUUUGUGCUAUACCCAAGCCCAUCGGUGGAGUGAUGAUCUUUGCCGUGAAUUCGCUGAUGUACCUCAACCAAAGUGUACCUCCCUUUGGCGUCUCCCUCAACAGCAUUGCUGACUCAUCUUCAGCUUUUCCCCUCAAAGCCCAAGAAAAUGUCCACUGUGCUUUAGAUUGUGUUCGCCAUGCCUUAAUUUCCAACGACAGACUUGUAUUAUCUCUCAAAGGUGGUGAACUUUACGUCCUGACUCUGGUCAUUGAUGGUAUGCGGUGUGUCCGUGGCUUUCACUUUGACCGGGCAGCAUCCAGUGUCCUCACCACCUGCAUGUGUGUAUGCGGAGACAGCUAUCUAUUUUUGGGUUCUCGCUUGGGGAACUCGCUAUUGCUCAAGUACACAGAAAAGUCCUCGGGGACAGUCAUACAGGCAGAAGAGAGGCGCUCAGGAGGACCUGUUAUCAAAAAGAGAAGGGUGGAAGGUUUGGAACAGUUGGCAUCGGACGUCACAGAGAUUGAGAAUGUUGAUGAGCUAGAAGUGUAUGGUUCCAUAGACAAUCAACCAGGAACGAUGAUUGCUUCUUAUACUUUUGAGGUCUGCGACAACAUCUGGAACAUCGCGCCGUGUGCACAAGUGGCAAUGGGAGAGCCGGCCUUCCUGUCGGAGGAGUACAGCUCUCACACUGACCCUGACCUUGAGCUGGUCACUACGUCAGGUCAUGGCAAGAAUGGCGCCAUCUCUGUGCUACAGCAUAGCAUCAGGCCGCAGGUGGUGACCACAUUCUCCUUGUCCGGCUGUAUCGAUCUCUGGACCGUGUACUCUCCGUCGACCACCGCGGACGCUGAAGCUGAGGUGGAGGAGACGACUACUAAGGAAGGGGAGACAGAGACGGAGUCAUCGCCGCCUCAGGUGGCCAACGGUCACGCUUUUCUGGUGCUAAGCAGAAGGGAUUCUAGUAUGGUUCUGCAGACUGGCAGUGAGAUAAAUGAGCUGGACCACAGCGGCUUCAGCACUCAGACUGCCACAGUGUUUGUUGGCAACAUCGGUGAGAACCGCUACAUCCUGCAGGUGUCCCCGACAGCCAUGAGGCUUCUGGAAGGCAUCAAACAGAUCCAGCACAUUCCUGUCGACCUGGGCUCCUCCAUCCAGAGCUGCUCAGUGUGCGACCCGCACGUGGUGGUGAUGGGCGUGGAGGGACAGAUCAUGAUGUUCACACUGCGCGACGACCGCCUGGUGGGUGGGGCCAGGCUGUCCGCCAGCAAGACGCCUGUCGCUCAGACUCCUCGUGUGGUUGCCGUAGCUACGUACAGAGACUUCAGUGGAUUGUUCACAACAGACAACAUCAGACAGGGUUCUGGUGGCUCAGGCUCUACUACCGAGAAAAUUCGCCCGGCUGAUAAAGUUCCCGUCUUACACCCUGUUGACAUUGAUGAUGAAGAUGAGAUGCUGUAUGGUGAUACAUCGUUUGCUGCUGCCUCGGAAGAUGUUAAAGUCAAUGCUGAAGGUUCUGAUGGGGUGAAGAAAGAAAAGAAAGAAAUCAAACCCACCUCUUGGCUGUUGGUGUCAAGAGUAAACGGCCAGCUUGAGAUAUACAGUCUCCCAGAGUACAAAUUGUCUUACACUGUAAAGAGCUUUCCUCUUGGUCAGAGGACCUUGGUACACAGUGGACCCACAUUUGAUGCAACCAAAUCAGGAACGUCCAGUGGGACAUCAGAGAAGCAGUCAACUGUGGACGAGAUGCCUGUGGUGAAGGAAGUUCAGAUGUUUGGUUUGGGCCAUAACAAGUCAAGGCCAUACCUCAUGGCCCGAGUGGACGAGGAUCUCUUGAUCUAUGAAGCCUACCCGCACUGUGAUGCCCACAUUACGGGAGACCACCUUCGCAUUCGUUUCCGGAAGGUUCCUCAUGGCUUAAUCCUGCGAGAGAAAAAAGCCCCAGCCCCCCAGAAGGGAGAUGAUGAAGAAGAACCUCCAGAUGAGAACACACCUCCAGAUCACAUCCAGCAGCUUCGGUAUUUUGAGGAUGUGUCAGGCUACGCGGGGGUGUUUGUGUGCGGCCCCUUCCCUCACUGGAUCUUCAUGACUCCAAAAGGCUCCCUCAGGAUCCACCCAAUGGGCAUUGACGGCUGGAUCACCUGCUUCACUCCUUUCCACAAUGUCAACUGUCCUAAGGGUUUCCUCUACUUCAACAGAAAGUCGGACAUGUGCAUCUGUGUUCUCCCCACACAUGUCACGUAUGAUGCCCCAUGGCCGAUUCGGAAAGUCCCGUUACGAUGCACUCCACAUCUCAUUACUUACCAUAGUGAUAGCAAGCUUUAUGCAGUUGUCACCAGUGUGAAAGAGAGCACAAACAAAUUCCCUCGUGUCCAGUCUGAUGAUCGGGAGUGGGACUACGUUGAAAGAAAUGAGAGAUUUAUUUACCCCGAGAUGGCCAAGUAUACAGUGCAACUGUUCACACCCAGCACCUGGGAGGUGAUUCCAGACACCAAGUAUGACUGUGAGGACUGGGAGUACAUCACCUGCCUGGAGAACGCCCAGCUCAAGUCAGAGGGGACCAUCUCUGGGUUCAAGGGGUUCAUCACCAUGGGAACAGCUUACUGCAUGGGAGAGGACGUGGUGGCUAGAGGCAGGAUUAUUAUUCUUGAUGUCAUUGAGGUCGUCCCAGAGCCUGGCCAGCCCUUGACAAAGAACAAAAUAAAAGUUGUUUAUGACAAGGAACAGAAGGGACCUGUAUCUGCCAUUGCCUAUCUCAAUGGACUUCUUGUCACUGCCAUAGGCCAGAAAAUUUACAUCUGGUCUCUCAAGGACGAUGAUCUCUCUGGAGUUGCAUUUAUCGACUCGUUGGUCUACAUUCACUCCCUGCGAGUUGUGAAGAAUUUAAUCUUAGCAUCUGAUGUCAUUAAAAGUGUGGCCCUCUACCGCUACCAAGAUGAGCUCCGAGUUCUCUCAUUUGUUAGUCGAGAUUCCAGAGCAUUGGAAACUUAUGCUGGAGAUUUCUUAGUGGAUGGAGAACGGAUGAGCUUUGUCGUAAGCGACAGGAGCAGGAACAUUUUCAUUUACUGCUAUUUACCAGAAGUUCGUGAAAGUCACGGUGGGAUCCGAUUGCUGCGACGAGCGGACUUCAACCUGGGCAGUCAAGUGAACAGCAUGUUCAGAGUGCGAUGUAAGCUGGAGGACCCGUCCACAAGCAAGAAGAACCAGGCGGCCGUGGAGCACAAGCAGGUCACCUUCUUUGCUACUCUGGACGGUGGCAUUGGGUAUUUGCUUCCCAUACAGGAGAAAGUGUUCCGGCGCCAGCAGAUGUUGCAGAAUGCAAUGAUUACUCAGCUGCCGAAUCCUGCUGGUCUAAACCCUAAAGCAUACAGGACGUACAAGACUCUCCCCCCGGACAUGGCUUCCCCACAGCGGAAUAUUCUGGACGGGGAGCUGUGCUGGAGGUUCCUGCACCUGUCCACUAUGGAGAAGAUUGAGGUGGCCAAGAAGAUAGGAACUUCUGUGGAUCAGCUGAUUGACGAUCUGAUGGAGUUUGACCGACUAACUGCCCAUUUCUGAGUUACUCUGUUUGAGCAUGUACUUGUCUAUUCUGUGCAUAGAACAUGAUACUCUUUGUUUGUCAGGGUGGAUUUAGCUUUACCAGAAAGCAAUAUCUGAAGUCUCUUGCAAAGGCUGAGGAGACUGAACUGUUUUAUCUUCCUUCUUCUGUAACAUAGCUUACCUGGAGUCGGACUCUGUUUGGCUGGCAUUGUGAAUGAGGUUUUUGAUUGAAGUGAAUGAAUACAUUUUGAAAUGUAUGUCUAGAGAGAAAAUUUAAAGUGUUUUUCAUGUACGAAUAUUUUAAAGUAUUAUGAAAUGAAAGAUUGUUGGUGUCAAUACAAAUCUAGGUGUGGAAAUGUUUGAUGGCAGAUUAACUUUUUCUUUUAUAAUCGUGACAUUUUGGAGGGAUUUUUGGAUAGUAGGCUACCUAAUUGGUCUUUGAGAUCAACUGAAUGCUGUUACUAUUGAGCUCUUAUUUAAGUUCUGCUCCACUUUUUAAUAUUGUCACACACUUUUGUCCGUAACUUUGGAGUGUUGUUCAGUAUUAUUCAUAGUUUCCUCUUUUUCAAAUGAAAAAUUUGAGCUGAGAAAGCAGUGAAAAGGUUUGUUCCAGGGUACUCAACUGAAUAAGUUGGAGAGAGAUUCGGCCAAUGUUUUUUCGGGGUGAACAAUGCGUAAUGCAAGGUCAAAGUCCAGUGCUUGUGUAGCUGAUACACAUUUUUAAAAGUAUCAGUUUUGUGUAAACCUUCAUUGUCCUGACAGAAGAGAAGUUUCAGUAAAUUUUAACUCUCGAGUUGGAUCAGAUUGAGUGAAAGAUUGUUCCUACGUAGAUGUACCUGACAACAUUUCAGCCAGGAAUAUGAGUCGUCGACAUGUGUGCUUACUUCCUGUAAAGCAUAAGUGAGACAAAAAAUUGGUUGGUUUGUCUGUUUGUGUUUUUUUAAUGCACAUUUUUUUAAUGUUAUCAUAUGAAAUGUUAAAAGUAUUUCCUUUUAUGUAAUUUUUUUUUCUCUCCUCUGUUGUCAUUUUACUCCAAAAAAAAGUUGGAUUACACUGGAGUCCUCUCAUAGUAGGCUCCAAUCUUCCAAGGACCAGACUGCUGUGCUUCUUUUUAAAGCAAGGUGUUUGAACAAUGUGUGAUGGUACAGAAAAAAAAACAACUACAACAUGAAUAGGGACAAGAGCCUUUAAUUACUCAGAGAGAAUGCCUGUUUAUAAUUAUGAGCCCAUUAUUGUAAGUGGACUCCGUCAGCGAGUGUUUGGGGAAUGCUCUCAAGUGGUUUGCUCCUUAUUUCCUAUCCGACAUCUUUCGUCCUUAUCUCCCUUUCUUUUUUGAGUUUGUUACUCUCUGGUAACUUCUUUUAUUUUCUGCUCUUGUGCUGUAAAGUUCUUACUAAAACUAAACUGGACUCUAUCGUAUGUCAUUUGAGAAUAAAUGCUUUGCAUGUACAUAAUAUGGAAAUUAUGACAUCAAUUGUGUGAAAAUGUUUUCAAUGUACAUUGAUUCAUAUGUAUGUUUGUUACACUGCCAUUUAUUACUUUGGAAUACUGUUCUGUGAAAUGGUUUUGUUUUAUUAAAAAUUGUGAGUAUAUUCUG